AUGGGGAAGAAAAAGCCGACCCCGGAGGAGGACCUGAUCAUCCCGCCGCAGGACACGCGCAUCUGCGGCAUCAUCUGCGUGUGCCAGCUGACGUUCGUGCUGAGCACGGUCGCGAUCGUCUACCUGACCGUCGCCAUCUACAUGCCGUCGUCGCGCGCCUUCCAGAGCGGCAUCGACGAGACGCCGGUCAUGUGCACGACGACGCGCAGCCUCAACCAGGAGGCGUGCGAGUGGGGCUCGUGCGGCGAGUGGUGCCUGAGCAAGACGUCCGGCGCCUGCAUCCAGAUCUACGUGCACCUGCGCAUGAACGGCAGCAGCCUGCUGUUCAACAACUGCACCAACUCGGCGAACAAGACGUGCUACGGCAUCGACCAGGAGAACGCGAAGAAGGCCCGCUGCAUCGCCGACGAGUGCAAGAACCUGACCGGCACGUUCAACUGCACGCUCGGCAUGUGCAUCAACAUCACCGACGCGUUCGAGUGCGUGUUCAAGAACACCGACCCGCCGCUCAAGUGCUCCGGCCGGCGGGGCAAGAUCACCUGCAUCGACAUCACCGGCCUGUUCUCGUGCAAUCGGGGAACAUGUCGAAAGAUAAGAACUCCAUACAAUUGCGAUCGUCGUUGCGUCGACAUCCCGACGCGGAACAAGAACAUGAUCUUAUUAAGUGGAGAUAAAGUUUAUCUUUCGCAAUGUUCGAGCGCGAUAGACUUGGAGACGAAGCAGGAGGUGUGGAACGAGGCGGAGGACAAGGUCAUCAUGUCCUCCUGCUACCUCAUCCAGAACACGUCGCACGGCAUCGAGGGGACCGACUGCGUCAACGGUUCGGUGCUGGAGAAGACCGAGCUCACCGACCUGACCAACUUCACCUACCUGUCCUACCUGCACUACGCCGUGUCGAAGCCGAUCCGCACGAUCGCCCCGCUCGAGCAGGACCUCACCAUCUCGAACGAGAGCCGGCUGAUGAUCAACCUGGAGGGCUGCGUCAACACGCUGCAGGACGAGUGCAAGGAGUUCCUCAAAGAGUUCGGCAAGGACGGCACCGACCACAACGCGCGCGCCCGCUUCCCCUGCUUCUACUCGAAGAGCAAGAUGCAGCAGGUGGUCGCCCGGUUCAACCUGGAGACCACCUACAAGCAGUUCGUGUUCGGCUUCUUCGUGCCGACCAUCCUGUUCGCCAUCUCGUGCGUGACGCUCAUCUUCUGCCAGCGCACGAUCCAGGUCGGGGACGACGCGAAGAUGCGCUUCGUCGGCUGCGGCAACAAGAACCCGGUGGUGGCGAACGGGGCCGCCAAGAACCAAGACAAGGCCAACUCCGGCGACGGCGGUGGAGGUGGAGGAGACUCCGUUAUGGCUCUCUGA